UAAUACACAAUUAUUUUAUUUCCUGCCAAUCUAAUGGCGAAGACAUGGAAUAACCCAUCAAACAGCCCAGUAACGCCAGGAAACAAGAGGGACGGAGACCAGGGCGAUGGGCUAGUCAGUCAUGGCCGGUGCGCCGCGUUUCGAAGGGGACGGCCACGGACCGGUGGGUGGUCGCUCAGCUCCCCAAUCGCUCUCCGACACCCGGCUGGGGAGACAGGACCUCCCCGGAGACCGCAGCAGCUUGAUUGUCACCCGGGCAACCCCACCUUCCGAUUCGCUCUACAACCCCUUGCCCCCGCUUCCGGUUCCGGCGUCGUGCGUCAUCGCUAGGCGACUGAUUUGGAGUUUCCGGUCAGGUUAGGCCGGGGGGUGCGGGCCUGGUCGGAAGGAGGUGGAGAGUCGGGGGUCACCAGGCCUAUUCUUGGCGUCACAGUCGGCCACCAGGGCUCACCGCCGUCAUGGAGAGCGGAGGGCGGCCCUCGCUGUGCCAGUUCAUCCUCCUGGGCACCACCUCUGUGGUCACCGCCGCCCUGUACUCCGUGUACCGGCAGAAGGCCCGGGUCUCCCAAGAGCUCAAGGGAGCUAAAAAAGUUCAUUUGGGUGAAGAUUUAAAGAGUAUUCUUUCAGAAGCUCCAGGAAAAUGUGUGCCUUAUGCUGUUAUAGAAGGAGCUGUGCGGUCUGUUAAAGAAACGCUUAACAGCCAGUUUGUGGAAAACUGCAAGGGGGUAAUUCAGCGGCUGACACUUCAGGAGCACAAGAUGGUGUGGAAUCGAACCACCCACCUUUGGAACGAUUGCUCAAAGAUCAUUCAUCAGAGGACCAACACAGUGCCCUUUGACCUGGUGCCCCACGAGGAUGGCAUGGAUGUGGCCGUGCGAGUGCUGAAGCCCCUGGACUCAGUGGAUCUGGGCCUAGAGACUGUGUAUGAGAAGUUCCACCCCUCGAUUCAGUCCUUCACUGAUGUCAUCGGCCACUACAUCAGUGGUGAGCGGCCCAAAGGCAUCCAAGAGACCGAAGAGAUGCUGAAGGUGGGGGCCACCCUCACAGGGGUUGGCGAACUGGUCCUGGACAACAACUCUGUCCGCCUGCAGCCGCCCAAACAAGGCAUGCAGUACUAUCUAAGCAGCCAGGACUUCGACAGCCUGCUGCAGAGGCAGGAGUCGAGCGUCAGGCUCUGGAAGGUGCUGGCGCUGGUUUUUGGCUUUGCCACAUGUGCCACCCUCUUCUUCAUCCUCCGGAAGCAGUAUCUGCAGCGGCAGGAGCGCCUGCGCCUCAAGCAGAUGCAGGAGGAGUUCCAGGAGCAUGAGGCCCAGCUGCUGAGCCGAGCCAAGCCUGAGGACAGGGAGAGUCUGAAGAGCGCCUGUGUAGUGUGUUUGAGCAGCUUCAAGUCCUGCGUCUUUCUGGAGUGUGGGCACGUUUGUUCCUGCACCGAGUGCUACCGUGCCUUGCCAGAGCCCAAGAAGUGCCCUAUCUGCAGACAGGCGAUUACCCGGGUGAUACCCCUGUACAACAGCUAAUGGUUUGGAAGCCGCACAACUUGACGUGGAAGCACCCCUGCCCCCUUUUCAGGGAUUUUUAUCUCGAGGCCUUUGGAGGAGCAGUGGUGGGGGUAGCUGUCACCUCCAGGUAUGACUGAGGGAGGAAUUGGGUAGAAACUCUCCAGACCCACGCCUCCAAUGGCAAGAUGCUGCCUUUCCCACCUGAGAGGGGACCCUGUCCAUGUGCGGCCUGAUCAGAGCCUCACCCUGGGAGGAUGCCGUGGCGUCUCCUCCCAGGAGCCAGAUCAGUGUGAGUGUGACUGAAAACGCCUCAUCGCUUAAGCACCAAAGCCAGUGAUCAGCAGCUCUUCUGUUCCUGUGUCUUCUGUUUUUUUUCUGGUGAAUCAUUGCUUGCUGUGGACUUGGUGGAGGACUCAGGGGAGGAAAGGCUGGGCCCCGAGUACAACGGAUGCCUUGGGUGCUGCCUCCGAAGAGACUCUGCCGCAGCUUUUCUUUUUCCUCAUGCCCCGGGAAACAGUCUUUCUUCAGAAUUGUCAGGCUGGGCAGGUCACCUUGUGUUCCUUUCCCCUCACCUGCUUGCCUCCUUAACGCCUGCACGUGUGUGUAGAGGACAAAAGCAAGUGAAGUCAGCACAUCCACUUCUGCCCAAAUGGUCGGGGCCCCGGGCAACAGGUUGAAGAGAGGUCACGUGAAGGGCAGUUGGUCAGGCAGCCCUCCUGGUUUCGCCACUGGCCCUGAUUUGAACUUCUGCCACUUGGGAGAGCUCAGGGGUGGUCCCUGGUUUUCCCUCCUGGAGAAUGAGGCUCAGAGGCCUCGCCUCCCGAAGGACGCAGUGUGGACGCCCUGGCCUAGUGUCCUGGCCUCACAGCUUCCUUGCAAGGCUGUCACAAGGAAAAGCAGCCGGCUGGCACCCUGAGCCUAUGCCCUCUCGGGGCUCCCUCAUCCAGCCCGUCGCAGCGUUGACAUCUUGGUGUACUCAUGUCGCUUCUCCUUGUGUUACCCCCUCCCUGUAUUACCAUUUGCCCCUCACCUGCCCUUGGUGAGCCUUUUAGUGUGAGACAAAUGGGGCUGUUUCCCCCCCACCUCUGAGUAGUGGGAGGUCACAUACACAGCUCUUUUUUUAUUGCCCUUUUCUGCCUUUGAAUGUUCAUCUCUCGUCCUCCUUUGUGCAGGCGAGGAAGGGGUGCCCUCAGGGGCCGACACUAGUAUGAUGCAGUGUCCAGUGUGAACAGCACAAAUUAAACAUGUUGCAACCAA